AUGAGCGGCAAAAUUUUGAAAUCUCAGUUUUUUGCCGGUCAAAAAAGAGGAUUGUUACAAGGAAGAGAUACUGUGAGUUAGGAUUUUGGCGCGAAAAUCGGAUUUUUAGAGGAAAUUCAAAUUUUUUAGAACCCAUUCGGUAUUGUUUUGGAUAUAGAUGGUGUACUUGUUCGUGGUCGAAAUCUAUUGCCACGUGUUAGAGAAGCUUUCAAACUAAUUUUGGAUGAAAAGGGGAAUUUCAAAAUUCCCACGGUGUUUUUGACGAAUGGAACUAAUAGCACACAAAAAGAAAAGGCCGAAAAACUCGGCGAACAACUCGGUUUUCGAAUUCCACCCGAAAAUAUGUUGAUGGCACAAAGUCCACUUCGAAUGUUUCAAAGUUUACACGAUAAACAGGUUUUGGCAGUGGGCCAGAAGAAUGCGAAGAAAAUUGCGAAUAGUGUGGGAUUUCGAAAAGUGACGAAAAUAGAGCAAUUGACAAAAUGGUUUUCGCAUUUGGAUUGCACGGAUUUUUCGAGAAAAAUUGAUGAUUCGAAAGAAAAUGCGAGAGCGAGAGCUAAUUUCAAGCCCAUUGAGGGUGAGUUUGAAAAACUGGAAUCGCUGCGAGACCUCAAUUUUUUGAAAAACCUGUGCUUUUUUGAUUUUCAGCCUUUAACUAUUCUGAAAAUGUGUUUCAGAAAAUGUUUCAUAGCUCAUCUGAUUCAUCUCGACGAGACGAAUCAGAUGGUGCACUCAGAUUUCGCUGAAAAUGUCUCUAACAUGCUGAAAACGCGCUGAAAUGCAAAAAAAACUGAAAUCGGUGCGAGACCUCAAACUUUUGAAAAACGUGUGCGCCUUUAAUUUAUUCAAUUUUGGGUUUUCAGCCUCUAACUCUUCUGAAAUUGCGUUUCAGAAAAAUAUUCAUAUCUCUUCUGAUUCAUCUCAACGAGACGAAUCAGAUGGUAUAUUCAGUUUUCACUGAAAAUGCCGCUAACAUGCUGAAAACGCUGAAAAUGAUUUCCACGGGAGAAUUCCAGUGUGUAAACACCGCGACGCACAAACGCACAAUUUUUUGCGUACCGUAGUAAAUAUUUUCCAUUUUUUUUUAUUUUCAGCAAUUCUUCUUCUUGGCGAGCCUUUAAAAUGGGAAUCCUCGCUCCAAUUAAUCUUCGAUUGCCUCUACACUCAUGGAAAAAUGGAUUCACUUUGCACAAUUUCCAAAACUCAAGUCCCCAUAAUCGCAUGUAAUGUUGAUUUGGUUUGGAUGGCCGAUGUUGAAUCUCGAAUUCCACGCAUUGGACACGGUGUAUUCAUUCAUAGUCUGGAGACGAUUUAUGAGAAAAUGACGGGGAAACAUUUGCAAUAUACAGCGGUUUUGGGAAAACCGACAGAGAUUAGUUAUCUUCAGGCAGCGCAUAAAAUUCAGAGAAUUGCGAAGGGAAUGGGAAUGAAAGAUGUUAAAAAUAUGUAUGUUAUUGGGUGAGUUUUUGAUGGGGUUUUUUGGGGAAGGAAAAUUGACUUGGAGGCGCUUUAAAACACAAAAAAGAAGAAAAUGCGCUCUAAUGCACAAAUUUUGUGUCAGUCAUCCUCAAGAGGAUGUGCACCGCAAAUGCGCCAUCUUGUAAAAGAUUGACGUAUUUUGUGUGUGUGUGCGCUCUCCACGUGCAUUUCAAAAUAUUUAGUUUCGUUUUUGUGUUUUUCUAGGUUUUUCGUUGUUUUCACAGGGAAUUCUCGGAAUUCUCUGUGUUAAGUAAUUAACUCAUCUUUUGUUAUUAUUGAUACACUUCCUCGUGAAGUUGUAUUUGUAUUUUCAUUGUUUAUUUUGGUCAAAAACAUAAAGUUUGGCCUAAAAUCCGUGUUUUGUUAUUUUUCCUUGCUAGUGGUUUAAAUCCACUGCCAUCUUUGACGUCAACCUCCUUGCAAUAUCAAGCAAAGGAGAACCGGGAGGUGCAACUUGGGGGCCGAACCAACCACAACCCCAAAUUCAUUCAACUUCGUGUAUUCGUCGAUUUUUUUUGAUUUUUGAACACGUUCCUAGUGAUCCUUUCCUAGUUUCAGGACUGGUGUUAAGGAAUUGUUCGAUUAUUAAAAGGAUAUUGGAUAUUUUGGACUAGUGGAGAAUUCGACAUCGAAAAUGGCUACGGCAAGCGAAACUAUGCAACACAUUGGAUCAGUGAGCAGUGGAUUGGAGGAUUCAACGGGGCAUGAGGAAGAUAUUGGUAUGAUUUUUGAUGAGAAAGCAGCGGAUUGGAUUAUGAUUGCACAAGAAGCUCGAGAAGAUGCGAAGAAAUGGAAAUUGAGUGAAAGACAAGCGGAUGUCGUAUUGAAUCCGUUGAUGAAGAAAGUCGAACAACGAGUAGAGGAUUUGCGCGGGAUGGUCAAGGAAAAGUGGGCGCAAAUGCCGAAUCGGGAUGAGUGGAGAUGUUUGCGAUAUUUGAGAAGAGGAAAUAAGACCAAUGUGAAGAAAUUGGCACAAUUGAUGGAGAAAGGAACAGAAUUGGUUAUUUGGGAAAGAGAAAAUGGUGAGAAACUUGAAAAUAUUGAGAAAAAUGUCAAAGAAGAAAGACAAAAGUUUAUUUUGCAGGUUGA